GCCAAUUGCUGUACUCGAUAUUGGAAGGUAACUAACGAAUCUGUGACUUUCACAGAGCCCACGUUAGACACAACAAUUGUCUAAAUAUCUUUCAAAGAUAAAAUGAACAGUAUAUUCUCUUCGUUUUCUCGACUCCGGGUACUUACCAGCGUUGGCAGCAGCAUUCAUGCCAGAAGUGCAGGUAUGCCAGCUACCUCUCACCUCAGAUUAUUCAGCAGCUGGAUUGCGUCUAGAACAUCUCCAUCACCUUUGAUUUCCAAAUGUGGACCGCUCUCUUCACAAGCAGAAGGUUCAGGAUUAUUCCAGCAACUUCCAUGCCAAUAUCAGCAAAUCCGGACACGCAAAAGAGGCAUUGAGUACCAGCCCAAGAACAUCAAACGUAAAAGAACACACGGCUGGAUCAAGAGGAUGAGAACCAAAAGCGGAAUUGAAGUUGUUCUACGGCGAAUGCUAAAGGGACGUAAAUCACUCACACACUGAGGAAUUCCUGUUGGAAAACCUGAGAUAAUAAAGAAGAGACUUUGGUUUUGGAAUGUUGGCAAUGGGGAAAAAGCUCUGUGUGUUGUCCAAACUGGUGAUACUGGGUGACAAACUGGUGAUACUGGGUGACAUUGGGUGGGGUUUGAAGUGGCCAUUCACAUCAGCUUGAUUUUACCAUGAGUUGUAUGAAACCUGGUAGUUUCAUCCAAACAUGUAGAAAAAUAAUCCAUCAUCCUUGUGAAGUCAUAAUCACAAUUAUAAAAAGAUCACAGUUGAUUGAUAAACAAAAUCUGUUGAUGAGAAAACACAUCUUAAUAAAGUUAUAUUGUAAAAUCAAA